AUUACAAUAGUAAUUUACGAAAUAAGAUCGAUCCAAAUUCUUCUUUCAAAGACGCCGCAGGGAUGGAACCGAAAUUUUUGGUCUCCAUCAAACGGAUGAUGAUUGUUGUAAGACCAUUUCGGUCGCUUUGACUUUCGAUGAGAUUUUUUCACGUUCCAUGUUAGAAAUCGCUUCCAUUUAGAGUAAUGAGCUGAAUUAUAAUGUGGUGGUGAAGCAAUUGCUGGUAGCAAGAGCUUUCUGUUAGACACCGGCGUUGUCAUACACUGGUGUCAUUUCAAAUUUCAAUUUUCCCACUAGAAAAUUGUUGGUAGUAAUGAUUAUAUAGAUAUUAAUGUUUCUGGUGCACCAGAAAAGAGCAAAUGCCACAAAGACUAUUCUACUUCUGAGGUUAAGUUUGCUCGAUAAAUUCAUCUGGAGUGCUAUGUGCGAGUAGACUCUGCAAAAUAACUUUCAGUGAUGUGUUCUUCCCUGCCGCACUGGCACAUAAGACAGUAUAUAGUUUGGGGAUGUCUAUACAUGUCUGUCAUCACCCUCAAUUCACUUCAGUAUGAAAGUGGAAAUGUUUUUCUGAACGAUUUGCGGCAUGAAUUCCGGCCAGUGACAGGCAAUGGCUCUCAGAACAUUAGUCCAAUACUUUUUUCUUCUUCAAAUCAUUUUGUAUCAUGCGAGGACCUGGGAGGUGUUGGGUCAUUUAACACAACCUGCCUGUUAAACACAAACUUGUCUUUAUAUUCUGAUUUUUACAUAUCUGGAACGGGGAAUCUGGAGAUACUUCCACACGUUGUGAUUUGCUGCCCCAUAGAAGGUUGUACAAUUACUCUUAAUAUGUCUGGCAAUAUCAAAGUCAGUCACCACGCCGGUGUUGUUGCUGGUUCUGUGGUUUUUUUUGCUGCUAAUUUAACAAUGGAAUACAAUUCGUACAUAAAUACUACUUCCCUUGGUGGAGCACCUCCUUCUCAAACGAGUGGCACACCAUUUGGUUAUGAUGGAUCUGGUGGAGGUCAUGGUGGCCGAGGGGCAUCCUGUUUUAAAAGUAAUCAGACAAGCAAUUGGGGUGGUGAUGUGUAUGCUUGGUCUACAUUGUCUGAACCAUGGAGCUAUGGGAGCAAGGGUGGUGGCAUAUCAGAUGAAAAGCCAUAUGGAGGGCUUGGUGGAGGACGUGUGAAACUUAUAAUAGUAGGUGUAUUAUAUCUAAAUGGUUCUAUCCUAGCAGAAGGUGGAGACGGAGGAUCAAGAGGUGGAGGUGGAUCUGGUGGAAGUAUCUUUGUGCAUGCUGUAAAGUUAAGGGGAAGUGGAACUAUAUCUGCUGCAGGCGGGAAGGGAUGGGGUGGAGGUGGUGGGGGAAGAAUUUCUCUGGAUUGCUAUAGCAUUCAAGAAGAUAUUAAGGUUACUGUACAUGGUGGUAUAAGUAUUGGGUGUUCUGGUAAUGCUGGGGCAGCUGGCACUUACUUCAAUGCUGAUUUGCUUAGUUUAAGAGUUGGAAAUGACAAUCUCACGACAGAAACUGAAACCCCAUUGCUAGACUUUUCUACUAGUCCCCUAUGGUCAAACGUGUUUGUGGAGAAUAAUGCAAAAGCAUUGGUCCCAUUGCUGUGGACAAGAGUCCAGGUUAGAGGACAAAUUACCCUAUACUCUGGAGGCAGCAUUGUUUUUGGGCUCUCUGAAUUUCCAAUAUCAGAAUUUGAACUAGUUGCUGAAGAACUUUUGAUGAGUGAUUCCAUCAUAACGGUUUUUGGCGCUCUUAGAGUUUUUGUUAAGAUGCUGCUAAUGUGGAACUCUAAAAUCCUGGUAGAUGGUGGUAGGAACACGUUUGUUACUGCUUCAGUUCUUGAAGUCAGGAAUCUUGUUGUUUUAAAGCAAAAUUCAAGCAUUAGCUCGAAUUCUAACUUGGGCAUGUAUGGUCAAGGGCUAUUGCAUCUGAUUGGUGAAGGUGACACAAUCAAAGGGCAGCGACUAUCUUUGUCUCUUUUUUAUAACAUAACAGUUGGAACCGGUUCUCUCCUUCAAGCUCCAUUGGAUGAAGAUGACAGUAGAAGCCUGGUAACAAAAGCAAUGUGUGAUAGUGAUGUGUGUCCACUGGAUUUAUUGACUCCACCAGAUGAUUGCCAUUUCAAUUAUACACUGUCCUUUUCACUUCAAAUUUGUCGUGUUGAGGACCUUAUUGUUAAUGGAAUUAUCAAGGGAAGUAUUAUUCAAAUCCACCGGGCAAGAACUGUUAUUGUCAAUAGCAACGGCAUGAUUACUGCAUCAGAAUUAGGUUGUGAUGAAGGAAUUGGUAAGGGAAACUAUUCAAAUGGUGCUGGCAGUGGAGCUGGACAUGGUGGAAGAGGGGGUUCUGGAUAUUUUAACGGGUGGGUGAGUAAUGGAGGAGAAGAAUAUGGCAAUGCUGCUUUGCCCUGUGAACUUGGCAGUGGAGCAGAAGGCCCUGAUCAUUUUGAUACACCUGUGGCUGGAGGAGGAAUGAUCGUGAUGGGAUCCAUUCAGUGGCCUUUGUUAACUCUAAAAAUCUUUGGAUCCUUAACGGCUGAUGGACAAAGUUUUCUUAAAGUAAUGAGCAAUGAUAAUAGUAGCAUGAUUGGUGGACAUGGAGGAGGUUCGGGUGGAACUAUUCUUCUUUUCCUUCAGGAACUUGAGCUUUUCAGGAAUUCAUCAAUCACUGUUGUUGGCGGCAAUGGUGGUUCUCUAGGUGGAGGUGGGGGUGGGGGUGGGAGGGUGCAUUUUCAUUGGUCCAAUAUACACGUUGGGGAUGAAUAUACACCUGUUGCAAGCAUAAGUGGCUCCAUCAAUAAUAGUGGAGGUGCUAGCAACAAAGGUGGUAGUUAUGGGAGAAAAGGCACAAUAACCGGAAAAGAAUGCCCUAAGGGCCUGUAUGGUACAUUUUGUGAAGAAUGCCCUAUUGGCACUUACAAAGAUGUUGAAGGGUCUGAUGCAAAUCUUUGCUUUCCUUGUUCUCUUGACCUUCUGCCCAGUCGUGCAAAUUUCAUAUAUAGACGAGGAGGAGUUGAUCGGCCAUUUUGCCCGUAUAAAUGCAUAUCUGAAAAAUAUAGGAUGCCAAAUUGCUUCACUCCUCUUGAGGAGCUGAUGUACACUUUUGGGGGUCCCUGGCCCUUCUCUGUGAUAUUGUCGUGCUUUUUGGUUCUUUUAGCGAUUCUGUUAAGCACACUCAGAGUAAAAUUUGUUGGAUAUGGUUCUUACCGGGAUGCUGAUUCAAUUGAAUCUCACAGCCAUCGCCAUUUUCCGCAUCUUCUUUCCUUAUCUGAGGUACGUGGAACUAGAGCUGAGGAAACUCAAAGUCAUGUUUACAGAAUGUACUUUAUGGGCCCCAAUACAUUUAGAGAGCCCUGGCAUCUUCCUUACUCUCCUCCCAAUGCAAUUAUAGAAAUUGUGUACGAAGAUGCAUUUAAUAGAUUUAUUGAUGAGAUAAACUCGGUGGCUGCAUAUCAUUGGUGGGAAGGAUCAGUACAUAGCAUACUCUGUAUUCUUGCAUAUCCUUGCGCAUGGACUUGGAAACAGUGGCGACGUAGGCAUAAAAUCCACCGCCUUCAGGACUAUGUGAAGUCUGAAUAUGACCAUUCAUGUCUGCGCUCCUGCAGAUCUCGUGCUUUAUACAAAGGAAUGAAAGUUGGAGCAACACCAGAUUUAAUGGUUGCAUACAUCGACUUUUUUCUUGGCGGUGAUGAGAAGCGUAUAGACAUAGUCUCAAUUAUUGAAAAGAGAUAUCCAAUGUGCAUCAUUUUUGGUGGAGAUGGAAGCUAUAUGACUCCUUAUAACCUUCACAGUGAUGCACUGUUGACCAAUCUCAUCGGUCAGCAUGUCCCAGCAACUGUGUGGAAUCGUUUGGUUGCUGGCAUGAAUGCUCAAUUGAGGAUAGUGAGGAAUAGAUCUAUUCGUUCUUCCUUAAUUCCUGUUAUAGAUUGGAUAAAUAGUCAUGCAAACCCUCAACUCGAAUUCCAUGGUGUUAAGAUUGAGGUCGGAUGGUUUCAAGCUACUGCUUCUGGUUACUAUCAGCUUGGCGUGUUGGUUGUAGCAUUUGGUGAUUAUUCUUCUCAUCAGUUAGAAAAGUCAGAUGUGUUGUAUGAGCAUACUAAUGAACCAUCAAGGGAGGAUGCUACAAGUGAAACAGAAUCUCUCACGCAGUUUGAUCAGAGCUGGCAAUCAUUAUCCCUGAAAAGGAUUACAGGAGUAGUUAAUGGAGGGCUCAUAAACAAGGCUAACGUGAGAUUUUUGCAUUAUAGAUGGGACUUUCUCUAUCCUCUCUCUCUUUUAUUACGCAACAGAAAACCUAUUGGACAUCUGGAUACUGUACAGCUGUUUAUCACUAUUGUGCUUCUAGCAGAUAUUUCCAUUACCUUGCUUAUGUUGCUGCAGUUUUAUUGGAUUUCACUGGUUGCUUUUCUUCUUGUUCUUCUUGUUCUUCCCUUGUCGUUACUAUCUCCUUUUCCAGCCGGCUUGAAUGCACUUUUCAGCAAAGAGCCUAGAAGAGCAUCACUUGCUCGUAUAUAUGCUUUGUGGAAUGCUACUUCUUUGGUUAAUAUUGUUGUGGCCUUCAUUUAUGCCAUUUUUCUUUAUGUGCUUUCAACUUUCCAGCCACCUAAUGAGACCAAUAUGUGGAGCAACAGAAGGGAGACUGAAAAGUGGUGGAUAAUGCCUGUAAUCCUUGUGAUAUUCAAAUCAACACAAGCACAAUUGGUUGAUUGGCACAUUGCAAAUUUGGAAAUGAAAGAUAUUAGUCUUUUUUGUCCGGAUCCUGAUGCUUUUUGGGCUGCUGAGUUUGCUUAAUACUCUAUCAACUAAGAUCGGUGUGAUGUUUUUGAAUUGUAAAUGUCAAGUUUGUAAAUCCAUUUUUUGAAACUACAUGGCACCACCCCUUACAUGUAAAUAGACUUAUUGACCCACGUAAUCGAUAUGGUUAGUUUUUAUUUC